AUGAAGAUUGAUGAAAUUAUCGAUCUCCUGGGCACAGUUCCUCCGUCCCAGAAUGUUGCCCACACUGAGGGGACUCGCAAUGAAAUCACCAAGGUGUAUCAUGAGAUGUACGCACCUGGGCUUGCCUCUUUCUUCGAAUCCGGGUGGUACCACUUUACAGAAAAUGGAUCACCUUCGUUUCCUCAAAACCAGCGCCUCGUCGAAUUGAUGGCAUCUUUUCUCAAGGCGCUGGAGGCUGUCAAGGUCAACGAUCAAACCCAGAUGGCCUACUCUGGUAUUCUUGAGACGCGCCUUGUGUGGGAGCUUGCGCGAGCAGCAUACGAUCCUCCCACUACAGCUUCUGCUAUCAGUACCACAACGCUGCCGCACGAUGGUGAUGCGAAGGAGACCCAAAACCGUGUCCGAGUUGUUGAGGCACUUUUGUGCGGAGACUAUCUAUCAGUCAACCCACUCUGCCCACCAAUGCAAGACCCUGACAAUUACCGAAGCCGACAAUUUGAUUUCUGGUAUAGCCUGGCCGAGUUCGUGCGUACGCGGGAGGAUCCCACUGGUCCAGCUGCCGCCAAGUCUAGGGAGGAAAUGCUUUCGAGAAUGCGCUAUCUACUUGAUGGUCGUGAGAACCGCGAUGUUCUCUACUCGAUUGCAGUUGUUCGAGAACUUGCUCCACAUUUCGAUUCUCCUUACGGCAAUGCUGCUCCUCAACAUGCCGACGAGAGUGACCCUAAGAACAGACUCUCAGUUGCAUCCAAGUUCAUUUACGAUGAGUCUCAGGUCACAGGUGGAACAACCAACGUCGUGCGACGUCUUUGCGACAUUGCAUACAGAGCCUUCGUCAAUCCAGGUGUUAAUAUUGCUCGGAAAUUUUGA